AUGGCCAAGAACUCAGGGGUGACAGCUUCGUCGGAAUCUUGUUGUCGCGCGCUGAAUGAAGGCGGAAAGUUGAAACUUACUGGAGGAAACUGCAAAGAUAAAUAUCCGUACAUAUGCAAAUAUCUAUUUGAUGAGCUAAUGAUGAUUCCCAGUGAGCUGAAAAUAACAUCUCAGUCAUGGAAUUCGAUAGAAAUCUCCUGGAAGAGACCCGAUGAAAGCUGGCUCCCUACAUUUUACAACGUUAGAGCAUGCGCAAAGACAACUGUAGUGGAAUGCAUAGUGACUGAAGAAAUUCAAAGUCGAUGGGAUUUCCAAAUUCAAAACCUGAAAGAGUUUACGAAUUAUGAAUUAACUGUCGAAGCUUUGCUGAAACCUGUUAAUAUCAAAACAACUGCACAGACUUUUGCAAUGACUUAUCCAAAACUGCCUGUCCAGUGUAUGAUCAGCAGCGACGGAGAGAUGAAACUGAAAACUCCAAUACUCGUGUCCAUGAAUAAAGGGACAUCGGUUGUCAAAGCAGCGGCGGCUCAAUCGGGCACAACUAUGGUUGCAGCAACUGGUAACGUGGAAGAAGUCCUGCUUUUAGGAUUUGUACCAGAAGAAAGUUACCAGAUAACAAUUGAGGAAGAAGGUGGAGAGUGGAGGCAUGAAAUAUCACUUACCGCAAUUCCGACUUGUAUGAAGAAUGACGUGUCCCAAGACGAAACUUGUCUUCGUAUUAGUGAAGUCGCUGCCGGUUUUAAGGCAUCACAAUCAACUUGCUCCAAAGAAGAACAGCCCAUGACAACCUGGAGCCCUAAGAAAUUAAGCAGCAUUGCCAGAAUUGUCGAAACAAACGAUAUAACGUGGAAUUUCUGGUUGGAUCUGUCCCAGAUGGUUGAACAAGAAACAGCAAAUUUAGGCCAAGUUUCCGGUCUUCGUCCAUCUUUUAUCGGGAACACAUCCGUCGAACUGCAGUGGGCUCCACCAACAGAUAUUUCGUGGGUAAUUCGAAGAUUUGAAGUGAAAUGGUCGUCGUUGGAAAAUCCGAAAGAACUUUCAGGAACAAGUAUUGCGGAAGAAACAAUGCAACUAAUAGAAAAUUUAGAAUUUGGAACAGAGUAUGAAAUUUUUGUAACUCCAAUGGGGUCAAAAAUCUUGAGGGGGAUUGAAUCCAAAAUUAUAAUUACAACUUUAGAUCCGAGGACUCAACUUAGUGUGACUGUACAGUCAAAUGGCAUAGCCAAAAUUUACAGCCCAGUUCUGAUAGAAAAAGGGAGAGGGACAGAUGAAGUUGAAGUUGUAGUCGAAAGAACGGAUCCUUCAAAUUUAGGCAACACAAUUAUUUCCUCGAAAGGUAAAGCUGAGAAAGUAGAAAUUUCUGGACUGAAACUUGGAGCGAAGUACAAGGUGGAAAUGGCUUCAGUGAGACAAGAUUCAAAGCAAUUUAAAUACGAAACCAAAUUUGAAGCAUAUCCAACUUGCGCUGAAAACCAAAUCCAAGAAGGGAUGAUAUGCGUAUGGGCCUCCGAAGAGCCCAAGACGUGGAAAGAAGCCUCAGAAGUGUGCAGAACCGAACAGGGCGAAUUACUGGAUUUCGAAACGCAAACGAAAUUCUCUCCUCAAGUGAAAUCUUUGCUGUCAUCCUAUGUGAAAGAGCAGUUUUGGGUGGAUGUACCGAACUCAAUCAAAUCUGCAGCUUUCAUUGACAGCACUGCCGACCAAUGUGCAAGCAGUCCAGAAUCUGAAGUCAUGUGCUGCACCUAUGAAGCAACUGGCGAAAGAACUAUGAACGAUCUCAAGUGCACGUGUUGUAGUGAGCCACGACCUUUUGCUUGCAAGCGAAUCGCAAAAAUUGACUUGGGAAAUAUUGGUGACAUCUAUGUGGAAGAAAUUACUACAAAGUCCCUGAGCAUCAGCUGGUCGAUGUCGUCGGAUUCAAAAUGGUACAAACCAUCAUUUGUGGUGGCAUGGCAAUCUACCGAUGAGCGACGAAGGAAACGUGAAACUAAGGACGAAGUCGUCAUCGAAGACCCUUCUGUCAAAAUACAAGGGUUGACUCCUGGAACAAAGUACAAGGUAGCGGUUGCUCCUUACGCGGAAGGCGAGAAUACGGAUGGCAAUUCUAAGGAAAUAGUGGUAGCUACAAGAGAAAGUAAGGCUAAGAUUCUGUUCUGUGUUAUUCAGGAUUCCUGGUGUACUAUGACAAUACUGAAAAUUUCUUGCUCAAUUACUGUGAUAUUAGGUAGCUGUUUUACUGUGUUUGUAUUUAUCGCAACCAGGGUCCUGUUCUUGGAUAGCCUAGCUCAAAUAUUCGCAGAACUUGGGACAAUUGGAGCUUAUUUAUGCAUACUUGUUUCCACAGUUCAAUCUUAUAGCAUUGAUGAUCAAUGCAGAACUGCGAGUCCUAAACUAUGUGUGGCAGUUGCUGUGCUCAUCCAGUUCUUCUUCCAGUCCGUUUUCCUGUUUAUGUUAUUAGAAAGUACAGUUAUGGCGUACGCGCUGAAAGAUUAUAUACCGUUCUGUUGCGUUGUUCGCUCUCCGAUAAGUUUGAUGAUUACCGGUUUCGGCAUUCCUGCUAUCAUGACAAUUGUAUUAGCUGCAAUUGCUAGCGACGGAUUUUCGGACAAAAGUGAUAAUUGUUGGCUUGACAUCAGUGGGACUGCGAUGUUGCCUUCAGUGAUACCAGUGAUUAUUUUUGUAGUAUUUGACCUCUUCCUUUUACUGUCAUUGUUUGAUGCAGACGAUCCAAAAAAGGAAUUAUCGCCGGAUGAACUUAUGAGAGCAAAAGUUUACCUCAAAACUCGAUGGGGCAGCUUUGCCAUUUUAGUUCUUACCACCGUCGGUUAUGGGACCGGUAUGAUUGGGGCCAACAAAAGAGAUUCUACUCUGAAUUCUGUUUUCGUUGGAUUUAGUACUGCGCUUGGGAUUCUAAUGCCAGCCAUUCGGAUACGUUGUGAUGACCAAGUGAGAGAAGAAUUAAAACAUGGCCUAUUCAACAGUCUCCGCGAUGACCUUGGUGCUAUUCGGGUGACGCCAGCACCAGACAGUUUUGAACCAAAUUUAUCGAUCAAGAUGUCAGAACUCAGUGCAAGGAGACACAAGCACAAACAUUUCAGUGAACUUGCUUUGAAGAACAAACAGUCGUAUACAGAUACAGAAAUCGCUUGGCAUCAGUGAUUAUAAAUCUUAGAAGUAAACAAUGGCACAUUUUUUAAAUGGUGACUCGCGACCUGAUAACUUUGACGUAAUAUAUUUUUUAAAGAAAAUAACAAAUAUAUUUGAAGAACUUGUUUCCAAAAGGUGUUAAGUCAAAAUUUUCAAAAAUUGACUUUUUAAUGGAAAAGAUAGUAGCACAUGUCUGACAAUGCAUUUGCAAGAAGUAGAUUUUCCUAACAAAGUUUAUUCGUAUUGAAAAUAUAUGGUUAAGCUCAGAUUUUUUUCUCUCCGACAAAAACACAGACACAAGUAGUAAGUUUUGAGUCAAAAGGGUUUAACUUAAAUUCAACCAGUUGCAGCGUACCAUGAAAUCACGGGGUUCAUCUCAAGUGGAACAAAAGCUAAAAGACUUCUUCCUUGCGUCCCUUUUGAAAUAAUAUCUAAAAACAAAGGGAUAACAGUUUAAAAAAAAACAGAUGUUUCGAAAUUAUUUGAAGUUUUGGGAACUAGCAAAUUACACGAUUGUUUUUACGUUGCAAACAAUCUUGUAACCAUACACCGAGUGCUAACAAAAGUGAUAAUACGAUAUUGUUUAUUUAACAGCAAAAUUAUCUUAAUACUUAUUUAGAAGCAAAAAACUAUGAAAAUCGCUUUAUUUCAGAAUAAUGAAGAUUAAGGAACAUAAUUUUAAAUGAAGAUUUGAGAUAACUAUUUCUCAACACUGUGCAUCUAAAAAGUAUGCUGUAUUUAGAUUUGGAAAAAUACUUGAAUUACAUAAUAUCGUUACUUUUUUGAUCCAAAACGGUCAAGUUAUAUAGUUUUGUUCCAAAACGGGUUAAAUCAUUUUUUUUUAAAUUUCUAAAUCAUUAUACAACUGUUAGAAUUUUUUUAACUAUUCA